GCGAUAACAAAAUGUAAUCUGCCCGUUUAAUAAAACAAUUUGGCAAAUAAAAAAAAAUUCAAAUAAAAACUGAGCUGCUUAAAUCGGUGACAGCGAAAUAUAGCAUAAUAAUACUACUAAUAAUAAUAAUAAAUGUAAUAUCCCUGCUUUGUGUUUUUCAACACUUCACAAAUUAAAAACUUUUUAUUAACCAUUUUAAGCAUUGCAGUCAAGUUUGCUUUGCUGUGUUGCUUGUUUCGUAAAAAAUUGUUAACUAUUUUUGUUGAAUUUGUACACCGUUUAACAACUUUUUCACUGCUGUUUGAAUACGUAACGCUAAUUGCACCAACGAAGUCAGUUGGUGGCUGUUAGUUCUCAACAAAAAUGCAACGACUACGGUUGGCUUUUGUUUUGACCCCUCUUUUUUUAAUUGAAACCACUCUGGCCAUAGAUUUUUGUGAUAUUAAAUCCUGUCGUGGCAAAAAGCAUAUAGGAUGUGAAAACAACAUGGUAUUUGAUGACAGCUGCCUUCGUUUUAAUAGCCUGGUUAAUAUGAUGCUGUUUCGUCAAUAUUUACUGGGUCUGCACAAUGGAUAUCGUCAGGAGGUGGCAAGCAAUUCGUUUGGGGACCUGCCACCUGCUCAAAAAAUGCCUGAAUUGGUUUGGGAUGACUAUCUGGAGGUGAUUGCUGAAUAUCAUCUAAAACGCUGUAAAGAGGAACUUCCUGAAAACAUUUGUUUGGCCACCGAUGACUUUGACAAUCCCCAAUUCAAUUACGUUGAGGAUUUUUACGCAAGACCACUAGUUCGACAAUCUAACGUUAGGGAAAUUACAAUAUUAGCGGAACAAUGGCUCGAUGAGAUCUACGAUUUGGAUGAUAUAGCCACCGAUGAGGCGGAAAGUGAAAUUAGAAAUAUCAUUAAUGAUCGAGGCUCCUAUAUGGGAUGUGCUGCUGGCCAGGACUUCGAUCUGUGGAACACACACUUCAUGCUCGUUUGCUACUACAGUGAUGGCCCUCCACUCGAGGGCAACCUGUACGAGGAGGGAAGUUUCAAUGCCAGUCUGUGUCCCCAUGGAAAAAGCGACGCUUACCCCGACCUUUGCAAAACUCUGACCCUGAAUGACUAAGUCCCGGCAUCUCCGGUAAAAUAAAUAUUGCAAAAGGCUUUGGGUAUAAUUAAAUGUGCGAGCCACUUGGGUCAUAAGUGCGGAAAAGUUAGUGCUGCACCUUUGGGUUUCUUUAUAGCCAAAGAAUGAAUUUGUAAAAACCAGAAGAGGUUAAAUUUAAGUAUUUUAAUAAAUGGUAGAAGCACGGAAACCACAAA